AUGAGCGAAGAGAGAAACCACGCGGGCGAGUAUGGUCCUCAACCCACCGGUGCCUCAAGCUACCCCCUCGAUCCCCGCAAUGUCCUGAGAAGGUCUGUGAUUGCGUGCAAUCGUUGUCGCAGCAGGAAGACGAAAUGCGCUGGUCGCCAUCCCUAUCCAUGCGUGGCGUGCCAGGCUUCUGGUAGUCAAUGCGUCUACUCAGAAUCUGAGAAGAGAGUGACAGUUCCUGAGAGCUAUAUCCUCGAUCUUCAAGCUCAGGCUCGACGUCGGAGGAGCGGACGCCGCGUUCAGGAUGAUGCUCCAGAACUAUCGGAUACCUCCCUAGCAGAUGUUCAAUGGGGGAACACAAGAGCGGAAAACUGGGUGGUCGGGCAGUCAGGACAAUAUCGCUCACUAAGGCUCACCAAGGCUUACUUGAUACCCUACGCAGAUUACAUGGGAAACUCUUCUUCAGCAUACAUCGCGAAUAGACUCAAUCCUACAACAGAAACUGUCGCAUGGCACAUAUACCCUCAUUAUGAAGACACGAGCUGGCUCAGAAGACCACUUGAUGUGGGUGCUGAUGAGAUGCCCCCGCUUCCGCCGUAUGAACUCGCGAAGAGGCUGUAUCGCGCUCAGCACGGGUAUAUUGGUACCAUAUUCUCCUUUCUACGAGAGGAGGACUUCUUUCAGCGCUUGAGUCGCGUUUAUGCGAGACCAAGGCCAAACCCAUCGGACAAGGAGGAAUGCCUCGUAUACUGCCAGAUAUUACUCGUGCUGGCAUUCGGGCAGAUGUAUUCGAUCAACCAAUGGGUCGGGGAUGACGGCCCUCCUGGGUUCACUUUUUUCAAACAUGCGUUGAAAUUCCUGCCAAACAUGCACGAGGACGGGUCCAUUUUGUUCGUUGAAGUCCUCAGCUACGUCGCCUACUACAUGCAAACGCUGAACAGGAGGGACGCUGCGUAUCUAUACAUUGGAAUUGCGCUACGCAUGUCGCUAUCCCUGGGCCUACACCAGGAAGUCUCCGAUCAGGAGAUUGAUCCUCCUGCUAGGGAGCACCGGAGGCGGGUUUGGUGGUCUGUGUACAGCAUAGAGAGAAUCCUCUCCGUGACCUCUGGCCACCCGGUCUCUAUUCAAGAUGAAGAUGUCGACUUACGCCCCCCCAGCCCAAUUGGUGGUGAAAACCCUCGAAUUUCUUGCGUCCUCAAUAGCUACAGCCAGCUGUCGAGGAUCCAGGGCAUCAUAGGCGAGCAGAUAUAUCGGAAGAAGCGGAGCUCAGGAACCAGCUUGUCAGCAUCUGUCCUCGACAUCAUGAAGAGUCUCUCGGACUGGUACAGGAAACUACCGGAAGAUGUUCGUCUCGACAUAUCUGAUACGAACGCGACUCUCAGCAGAGAGUCGGUUUCACUAUCUCUUCACUAUUAUCACUGCAUCAAUAUGACUGCGCGACCGCUAUUGCUCUACGCGGUCCAGAAACAAAUGGCCGUCAAUGCACAGAGACACACAGGGGCACGAUGGGAAGAUGGACUGUCACCAGAAAUAGUGGGUGUGAUUGAUAGUGCAAUAUCUGCAGCCCGCUCGAGUGCUAUGAUAUUUCACACAGCUGCCAAAUUCAACCUCGUCGCGACCUAUGGCUUUAUUGACGGGGAGCAAGCAUUUUCCGCGGCCCUUCUUUUAGUGAUGGUAAAUAUUGCGUUUCCCUACAACGAGCCAGAUGCCAAAUCAAUGGAGACGGCGCUCCUGGUCCUCCAGGGCAUGGCAGAGAGGGGAAACAAGUAUAUCCAGGCCUGCCAUUCACUCCUCUCCAAGAUAAAUACGAUAGGAAAGCCCAAUAACCCCCCGGUGGGCAAUAUGGGGAACUCACAAGCAGGAAGCGAUACCACCCAGGACGAAGGAGUAGAGUGUCGUCCGCAAACCGCCACUCUCGAAGCGCCCAAUGACGAUGGAAGGCUCUCGCAGGCAGUGACAAUUACAGAAAACUGGACUGGAAGAACACAAGCGAAUAUGGAGCAGGAAGGCGCACCCGUUUUGAUGGACUCAAGUGAGGAUCCGAGGCUCUGGGCUGGGGUUUUGGAUUCCAUUGCUAUUGACAUGGACAGACACUGGGUCGAAGCUGCGCUGCUGGGCGAAAACGGGGUUGUAGAAGAUCAAAGACACUAA